AACAAAUUGUGCUUUUUUGUUUACUUCUUAAUUUGCAUCUUCUUGCCGAGCAAUGUGCACCAUUCUUCACUUCCCUUUUGCUUGUUUUCCUGUUUUGUGCGUUUUGCUUUUGCGGCAUUGUUUCUUAUGCUGAAUUUUCUGUUUACGUGUCUGAUUCGGUGUUUGGACGUAGUCAAGUCAAAAUACAGGACAUUGGUGGAAGUAGCCGGAAAAACUCAUCGGUCGUAGUUACAAUUCCUUCCCAUACUUCAAUGACCACAACUUCUAUACCAACAACUGCCAUGAAUAUACACGUAAACGCCAACACUUUGAAGUACAUCAGUUUAAUAACAUUAACGUUGCAAAAUGCUAUACUUGGACUUAGUAUGCGUUAUGCACGUACGCGUCCCGGAGACAUUUUCAUCAGUUCUACAGCUGUGCUUAUGUCGGAGAUAGUUAAGCUAGUCACCUGUCUGGUUUUGGUAUUCAAUGAAGAGGGUAAAGAUGCACAGAAAUUUGUACAUACACUGCACAAAACUAUUAUUGCGAAUCCUGUGGAUACUCUCAAAGUGUGCGUUCCUUCGCUAGUUUAUAUUGUACAAAAUAAUCUGCUCUACGUGUCGGCUUCACAUUUGGAUGCGGCCACUUAUCAAGUGACCUAUCAACUGAAAAUACUUACAACAGCCAUGUUUGCUGUAUUCAUACUGCGACGUCGCCUUAUCAAUACACAGUGGGGUGCAUUAUUAUUGCUUAUUGUUGGCGUUGUGAUGGUGCAAUUAGCGCAAACAGUGGAUGAUAGUGCGGGAAGUGCACCGCCAACUGGACCGGAGCAAAAUCGAAUGCUCGGAUUGUGGGCAGCAUUGGGUGCUUGUUUUCUAUCUGGUUUCGCUGGUAUAUACUUUGAGAAAAUUCUCAAAGGUGCCGAUAUAUCCGUAUGGAUGCGCAACGUGCAACUAAGUUUGCUCAGCAUACCAUUUGGAAUGCUGACUUGCUUCAUCAAUGAUGGACAUCAAAUCACAAACGCCGGUUUCUUCCAUGGUUAUGACUUGUUCAUUUGGUAUUUGAUACUUCUACAGGCGGGUGGCGGACUUAUAGUAGCAGUCGUGGUAAAAUAUGCAGAUAACAUAUUAAAAGGAUUUGCUACCUCCUUAGCCAUAGUCGUCUCAUGUGUAGCAUCUAUAUAUAUUUUCGAUUUCAAUUUAACUUUCCGUUUUGCAAUUGGUGCUGGAUUAGUUAUUGCUUCGAUAUUCAUGUAUGGAUAUGAUCCCAAGAAGUCAACAGGAAACUCCAAGCAGACAACAAUUAAUGCAGCACAAAUGAAUCCAACGCAGUCAGAAGAUGAGGAAAAACUUCUGCCCAGAGUUUAGGUUUCGGUGUUUUAAUUUCAAACAAAUUUAAGCAAUUGGUUUACAGUAUUCGAAAUGCAAUUACCCUAAGUGUUUUGAUUUUUAUCAAAGCGGUUUAACGUAAAUUUUUCUAAUUAUGUAAUUGGUAAAGAAAACCAACUGCGAACUUAGAACGUUUUUAGUUAGUCAUUUCAUAUUGAAUGCAAUUUACUUAAUCGUACAACUACUAUUUAAUUCUAAGCAUACGCUUUUAUGCCUACACAUAUAUAAAAUGUGAAAAUAUACUUAAACGCCUAAUAGAGUUUUUAUUUUAUAGUAAUAAUAAUGAUUUGAAUAUAAAAUUAUGUAUGAUCUAGUUAUUUAAAUUACAAAAAAGUGUUUGUUUGAAACACUUUAAAAAUAUUAAAGUUUUUAAAUUUUUUGCAAAUAAAUAGCAUACUCGAAAUGCUACGAACCUUAUAAAGGAGUGAUAAGUCAUGUUGAAAUAUUCCGUUAAUUAAUUAACUGAAAAUUACUUUUAACAGUAUUGUUUAUUCACAAUAAAUUGACAUUGGAAAAUAUUACAAAUUCACCUUUCGCAACCAAUAUAUACUGCACAGGGUCAGUACGUGUUGUGAACUUAUAUUGUUGUGUGUAUAUAUACCUUUAUAUACUAUGUAUUGGGCGCAUUCAUAUAUUUUUAACAAAUAUGAAUGCAAAUUGCUAAAGAAAGAUUCAAAAUUCGUAACCAAACGUAAAAUGUAUAUUAAAGAAAAAAAAACUAAACAAGUUAU